CUCCUCAGGCGCGGCAGUCCUGUCAGGAUGGAGUCCUCGGUGGGCGGGAAGCGCGGCACGCGGAGCACUGGAGCCGGGGCCUCGGCCUCCUCGUCGGCCUCCUCUCCGUCCCCGGCGCGGAUCACGCGGCUGCAGGAGAAGGAGGACCUGCAGGAGCUGAACGACCGCCUGGCCGUGUACAUCGACAAGGUGCGCUCGCUGGAGUCGGAGAACGCGGGCCUGCGGCUCCGGAUCUGCGAGUCCGAGGAGGAGGUCAGCCGCGAGGUCAGCGGGCUCAAGGGCGCCUACGAGGCCGAGCUGGCCGACGCCCGGAAGACCCUCGACUCCGUCGCCAAGGAGCGGGCCAGGCUCCAGCUCGAGCUCGCCAAGACGCGCGAGGAGCACAAGGAGCUCAAGGCCAGGCUUUAUUCCAUUGUAUAG